AUGAAUGUGACAGUUUCCAGUGUGUCUCAGAUUAUGACCAGUACUCCACCAUGUCUUGCUUCUCAGGAUGGCAUGAUGACCGUCUUUGCACCAACUUCUGAUGGUCAAAUGAAACCAAUCAUCAGGACAAUUUGUAGCUGUCAAUUAAAGAAGAGAUCUUUGAAAUAUGCAGACAAAGGAAAAACAAAAAAUGACUCCAUUAUCAUAGACUCUGAUGAAGAAGGGGAUAACAAAAGCAAAGUAGCAAGUGGCUCUGUUAAUGAGCAAGGUACUCCUUGAUUUAAGUAAAUUAUGUGGUAAUGGUAAAUGUAUUUUACAGGAAUUUUUCUUCAUAAAAUUUGGUUAAUUAUUUCUAUUUUAAAUGAUACUCUGUCUGCUUACUGUAAUGAUUCGAUUUAGUGCCCAGGUGUUUAUUUACUUUUGUUACCUCAAAAGAGAGUACCUAUUUGAGACAAAGCACUAGUUAGGGACAGGGCACUUAUUUCUCUUUUUGAGAAACAGCACAGUGUGUGAAACAAAGCUUUGAAGUUUAUUUUAAAAAAUCAAGAAGACUGGAAAGGGACUUGGAUCAUUCCUGGCUAAAACAACUAGGCAAGCAAUUGUCACAAAAUUUUAAGACAAGGUCAUUUGUUUGAAGGAACUGUGCCAUCACAUGGAUUUAAUAGUUAAGAGAAAGAGACAAAGACCUCUGUCUUUCUAAUAAGGCUUAAUUUGAGAAAAGGAAGAUAAACCACGAUUUAAAUUAAUUUCCAUGUACUCUAACAAUGACAUUACCUAAACAGAAUAGGGGGACUUAUUGGAAUGAAAGUACUUACUUAAUGUGGGUGCUAAUUUGAUUAGGGCGCUUAUUAACAAAAAACAAAAUUUGAGUUGGUCGCUUAUUAGAGAAGGAGCACUUAUUGAAGCAAGUGCACUAACUCGUGUUAUUAUGGUAACUUCUGACUUAAUCUGCUUCGUUUAAGUAAAGAAAUAUUAUUUAACAAAGGUAUUUUCAGCUCAUAAUCAUUAUAAAGAAAAUUUUGGCCUGGGCCUUAAUAUAGAUGUAUUCACUUCAAGAAGGAAAUGUCUCAUGUAAAUGUGAUUAUUUUAUCUAGAGCAUUAUAUUUGAUCUCUGGUUUGGUUCCCCUUUGAUAACUGUAAAUUGUGUGGUUUUUUUUUUUUGUAAUCUGUGUUGAUUUGUUUGGAACCAGAUGUAAGAGUACCACCAGAAAGCUGCCCCCUUAUGAAGGACGCAUCAAGUGAAAUGGAUCAACUGGUAAGUUAUAUAAGCAAGGGAAUACCAGAGUUUAUUAUUGAUGGUCUUUGAGCAUGUAGAAGUUUGGAGUUUAGAGCAGAAUGAGAGGAUAAUACAAUUGAACUAAUUUCAUGUCUUUUUUUGUCAAUACUUAAGGUGGAUUUGGUAACUAUACUAGUGUUUAUUAUUUGUGGUCUCCAAACUACUCAAGCCUAUAGAAAUUUGGAUUUUAGAGUAGAACAGGGGAAUAAGACAACUAAUUUCUAUUUUCUUUUUUGUCUCUGUUUUGCACUCCUUGUUUUUUAGGCAUUGCAUUGGAUGGGUUUGGUAACAUUUCCUUCCAGUUCAAAGUUAUCCAGUGCUCAUUAUUUGCAAACAUUUACCAAACACCUUUUAUGAAGUAGAUGUAUAAUCAAAUAAUUCAUUUUAUUUGACAUUAGUUAUCAAUUUUUUCCCCAGAUUUGUCAAGAUACACCAAAAAAACGUAUGAAUACUACACUCAUUAAUUGCUUUUGUGAAGUUUGAAUGUUGAGUAAUUUUUUUGAUACUUAUAAAAAUAUGAUUUUUGUUCAAGAAGGAAGUGUUUUUCUUUUUUUAUUUGCAUGUCCAUGGCUCAGCAUUCACAAAGAUUUUAAUAAUUGUCAUUGUCUCUAUUAGGUGCCAAAAUGAGUACAGAUUGUGCCUCAGUAAACAAGUGAGUGAAGUGAAAUGUUAUUAAUCCUACAAAGGAUGUAUAUAUUGUAUGCUCAAAUAUUGUACAGGCCUGGAUUUUUUUUCAGGCCUUAUUUUCACUACUGUUGAAGUAGUGUUCAUGGCUGCAAAGAUCACUUUCCUUCAUUUCUUAAUAGGCAGUUCACAUAUGUGAUUUUCAUAUAUUUACAGUCAUUUAUUCAUCACUUCUUGGGUUUCUUACAAACCAACAUAAUGACCAGCUCCCAGUGGGCUUGUUAGAUUAGUUGGUAGAGCACUGCACCAGUAUUGCGGAGGUCAUGGGUUCAAAUGCCAUACAGACCUGAAUUGCUUUCAGGCCUCAUUUUCACUACUGCUAAAGCAGUGUUCCAUUCUAAGUUACAGGGCACAAAUGAAAAUGUUAGUGAUACUUUCAAGAUUGACAACUUCAUAUAUUGUAAAAUUUUAUCAAAAUUCUUUGUAGAUGUUAUAUUUUUGCACUGUUGUGUGGGCAUGUGGCAAGUUAAUUUCAAAACUGAAACAUGUUUUUCACAGAGUCACACAGUUUUCAGUGGUUGUUUUAAAUAUGCUGCCCUUUUUUGAGAGUUGCUACUGGACGGUAUAGUUUGGUUUUUGAAUGGUGGUGAUGGGACAAAACUGGUACAGUGGGCUCAACUUAUUUUAAAACUAAAUUAAAGAUUACAUUUACAUUGUAAGUGUGGUAAGUAUCCUUCUUUGUGAUUUACAGUUUGUCUCUGCACAAUCAGUCAGCAUCUUUGGUCAGUACCCAAUCAUCAAGUCCUGGCUGUCCAGUAACAGAGUCCAUAUCAGAAACAGCAUCUAGGGUAGGGGACAGUAUACAGAGAAUGAAUAAUGGGGGUAAGUUUCUAAACAAACUGUAUGCUUUGUCCAUUGGGAAUAUAACAAGAUUUGGAUUGUAUCAACAUUUGGUUGUAUCAACAUAGCUGAUAAUUGAAAAUUGGCCACCCCAAAGAGUUUCUAAAACUGAUGUUUCAAGUGUAGGCCCUUCACCAGAGUUACAAAAGUAUUUUCAGCUGAUAAUGAGGGCAAAGAUCUGAAUAUUUGAUCAGAGCUUUAAAAUAUAUGUCUUAAUUCAAGAGAAGAGACUGUGUUUUUGUAAAUGAGAUUAAUUCAUCCAAAGCAUUAAAUGACAUCUGAUUCUAUGGUUUGUUUCCCCUUUGACACCUGUAAAAAGUUUUGGAAUUUUUUUUUAUGUAAUCUGUGUUGAUUUUUUUGCAAUAAGCUGCAAGAGUACCUCCAGAAAGCUGCCCCCAUAUGAAGGACUCAACAAGUGAAGUGGAUCAACCAGUAAGUAAAAUGAUCAGAAAUACAUGUGACAGAGGUUCAUGGUUUCCAUAUUGCUCAAGCUUAAAGAAGUUAGGAAUUUAGUUGUUUUAGAAACACUUUACAAUACAAUACGUGACUUAAAGCAGACAAUGACCAGAAUGAGAGGAUGUGACAAAUUAACUAAUUUCUGCGUUUUCACUUUUGUUUUUCACUCCUUGUGUUUUUAGCGUUACACUGGGUGGGUUUGGAAACUUCUUGCACCAGUUUCAGUUUCAGUUCCAGCUAAUUAUUUACAAAUGUUUAACAGAAACACCUUUCUGUACAUCCUUUCCUUUAUGAGGAAGUUCCAAUAUGAUUGAAAUAAAAUAAUCAGAUAAAUCAUUUUAUUUGACAAAAGUGAUUCAUUUCUUCUUUUUUUUUUUUUUUUUUUUUUUUUAGAGUUGUCAAGAUUCAACAAGAAAACGUAGGAAUACGUUAUUCCUUUCUUACUUUUGUCAAUUUUGAAUGUUGAGUCAGUUUUGUUGGUGCUAUUGAAAAGUAUGGUUUUCAUACCAGAAGCGAGUGCUUUUCGCAGGUAAACUGCGUGUUUUUCAGCGAAAACAGGGUUUGAUUUACUGUCUUUGUCUUUGUUAGGAGCAAAAAUGAGUACAGAUAGUGCUUCGGGAGAUAGGUGAGUUAAAUUUGAACAAUCCAACCCUAGGCUGUACAGAUAUUUACCUCAAGUUACAGUGAAAGAUGUUGGUGAUGCUGUGAAGAAUGACAACUUUGAAUAUAGUGAACGUCUAUCAAAGUUUUUUGUUAAUAAAAUGAUAUAUUUGUACACUGUCGUAUAGCCAUGUGGCAAGGUUAUUUCAAAAGUGAAACAUUUUUUUACAAAGAGUCACACCUCGGUUUUUGAGUGGCUGUUUUCAAUAUGCUGAUAUAUUUGUGCGUAUUUACAAGACGUUUUAAUCUCCCUGAUCAUUCUAAGCUGCAUAUGACAGUCUGUGGCCCUAUCCUACCUCUAGGCAGUUUGAAAAGCUGCAAAAUUCUCGAAUGAGACAAUUCCUCCAUUCCUCCAUCAGCUUAGAAACUCUUACCGGUGAACAAUUCACAUGACCAACUCAGUUGAUAUGACCAAAUUAUCUUGUUAUACUCCGCCACCGACGUAACACCACAGUUUCCUUAGAAACUAACCCCCUUUACGCUAUUUACAUAGUUUGGUAAAAUCGAAACUUGUUCAGUGAGCUUCACGUGUUGUGAAAACUAGAUUGAAGAUUGCAUUUACAAUGUAGGUGUGGCAAAUAUCUAUCUUUGUGAUCGACAGUUUGUCUCUGCACAAUCAGUCUGCACCUGUGGUCAGUACCCAAGCAUCAAGUCCAGCAAAAGAGUCCAUAACAGAAACAGUAUCCAGGGUAAUUGACAGUUUAGGGCAUAGUCUGGGUGAUGUCUGUAGCAGCAGUACCUCAUCAGACUCACUAUCUCUAGUUACUGCAAACUUAACAGGUAUAGUUGACAAUUAUUCUUUCAUAUUCCAUCCGUAUCUCCAUGUAGCAAGCGAGCAGGAAGAAAAAUAUUUCAGAGAGAUAUCUCAAAAUUUUAACUAGUGCAGGCUACUAGGCUCUUUUCGCUGAUUUGUAGACCAUUCGUAAUUGUGGUUCACAGUAUUUCGGCUUAGAUACCAUGGCUUAUAAACUAAUUAAAAGUUCAGGAACUGAAGUUUUCCCUUUUUUUUUCUUCAAUAUUUUUUUAACUAACGAUUAUCUAUUAUUUUACUCUUCAUUCUAAGAUAACGGUCAGCUUCUAGGUGAUCCGCAGAUCUUACGGGGAAUAUUGAGUGUAUGUAAAGAAACGGCAAGGUAAGACAAACUGGACCUUUUUCAGAUUAUAACUCAUCCAUUUUGAUACCUUUCUGUCCUUAUAUGAUUUUACCAUUUUCAAAGUACCGAGGGGCAUUACUUUGGGAGAAGAAAAAAUUCUUUGUUGAUAGAAAUCUUUAGGUUUACUUAAUUAUGGGAGGGGUUAAUGUAAUUACUCGCAUUAGUUUUUAAGUAUUGUGUGGUAAAGAAUAUACCGUGGUAUGCACUGGCUAAACCAAGUUAGAGUUGUGUAUAUUGUAGUAUGCUGAACGUUUCAGUUUUCGAUUUAUUGUUGUUGUCAAUUUAAAAAUGAAUAUAAUUCUCCCUUUUCAGACCACUGAAGAAGUUCAAGUCGUCUCCAAGAAAUUUGUACACCGCAGCGAAAGACUGCAAUAUCCAAAAAGUUAUUGCUCUCUUGGGUAACUAUCAGUAUCAAAUCAUCCUCUACUUAAGGGCUUACGAAAAAGUCACAAGUUCUAUCUUGUUUGUGAUUCCUAAUACUUAGAGUGUUCCUGAGUUAGAGUAACUGGAUAAAGGUCAGAACGUCCUAUUUAACACCGAGAACCAUUUCCUUUCUAUCCUUCAGUCGCGGGGUGUGAUCCUAACCAACAACUGAUGAAAGCCAAAGGAAAGACAGCGUUGCAUGCAGCUGCUGCGGGAGGUUACGUCGACAUAAUUGCUUGCCUGAGACUGGUAAAAGAAUAAGAAUACUACCGAUAUUUUCUUCCCAUAGGAAAAGAGUCAUUCUCAUGGAACUGGGAAUUUUUUUCAAAAAAGUUUAAAGCAGUACGUAGAUCUGAAGCUCAACGUCACAGACUAAGAUUAAUUAUACGUACUGUGAGUUAAUACAAAGUUUACUGUGCUUCUCUCUGGCGCACCAGCUUGAUCAAUUGUGAAAGAUUCAAAAGAAAAAUAUUUAGUUUGAUUGCCAGGAAGAUGUUCUCUAAUAUCACCAGCUGCUAGAACGACUCUAUGUCGAGUGAGUUCUGGUGGUGUAAGGAAGAAUCAAUUUCUUGCCUCUAUAUCUUUUAAUGAUGGCUGAAGUAUGUCUUUUUUUUUAAAUUGUUUUAUAGGCGGGAUGCGACUUAAAUCUUGUAGACUAUGAAAAUAGAACCCCAAUUGUAAGUAGCUAACAUUGCUUUCUCUCUUUUGAAUUUCAACUAAUGGCAAAAAAUUGAUUAAAACAAAGAAGACAAAAAAGAAGCAAAAUUGAGCGUUUUCUAUUGUAGCAGCUGCCACCUGUCUGCAGACCAUAAUACUUGAAAGAGUUAAUUUUAUUUAGCAUGUAACGAUACUUUCCUCUAUGUAAUUGUUGUAAGCGUUUGUACUUCCAAGUUUUUUAAUCAAACAAAUCUUCUUUCUCUGUGAUAGUUUGAUGCUGUUAGUAACCACAAAGUGAAAGCCAUCGAAUACCUUAUUGAUUGCGGUGCAGUCUUGGGAACCAAGGUAGGACUGGGAAUGUAUAGCAGCCAGAUAACAGAACAACGACUCAAAUGUUUCCAAUCCCAGCGCCAUUACAAACUGCUUGUGGUGUUGGCCAUAAUUCCACUUGUGUUUAUUUUUAGGAUACUAAAGGUAUGACAUGUCUUCAUUUGGCUGCCCGACAGGGGCACCCGGACCUGAUAAAAUUACUACUCAAUACAGGAAAAUUUGAUAUGAACGAAAAGGUGAGGAAUGUUUGAGCAAUGUUAAAUUAAUUUUUUUGUAAGAAUAUGGUUAUUUUAUGUAAGGGGGUGGGGGUGGUGGGAGAUUUAUGAUUGAAACUCUUCUUCUGACAAGGAAAUAAAGAAUUAACAUCAUAAUUGAAAGCGUGAAUAACUUUGAUCUCAGUAGAUGAAUCCAUUCACCUGACAUUUUGUAAAAUUGGAAACUGAAACUCGCACAGAUUCCAACCUGAAAGGUGAUAGGUUGUACCCUGCAAGAGAGGCAUGCUCGAUUUUUUCAAAUGAACUGGAUUUAUUCAAGUUGACUGCCUUUUUCGGAUUCAGCAGUUGCAUCAGCGAUAAGGUGGCGUAAUAUUAAGGGUGAUGAAGUUUGGAACGCGGCCCUAGGGCUGGUUCACCAUGGUGUGUUCUCAUAAUAAUAAUGAUAAUAAUAAUUUAUUACUUAUUAGGCGCAAAUUAACAUCUGAAUAUGAUCAAAUGUGCCUUACAACACUUUGCGGGGGACUUUGGUCAGACUGCAUUGAGCAGCUUACAAUUUUUUUGAAGGAGAUUUAGGAGAUGCCCCCGAUUUCAGAAUCUAGGGCAGACCACAACACCGGGAACUACGUCCCCUACUCUUUGAGAUAAGUGUGUGGGUUCUUUAACGUUCCCGACCUCCCGCACAGUAGUCCGGCGCUCAUCCACGUGAGCUAACCAGGCGGCGGUUUCUUAGGCAAGAGAAUUACUCUCAUAGACCCCCUUUCCACUCAGGAGUACAAUUUUUUACUGGCGAAUUGUAAGGGAAAGUUGCCGUGUUGCUCAAGGGCAACCAUACUGUGAUGGACUCGAUACCCAUCAAGGGGGUGCAAAAAUGCUGCUAUUCGCUUUCGGCUACAGUAACCAGGAUAAAGUCUUGUAACAGCAGAUCACCUUCGCGUGAAUUUGCGAAGUACGUUUAACCAGAAAGAUAUACUUUGAACCUUUUAUGUCGGUGUCCUGAGGCGCUAAACUCACUACUGGACCAACUGAUUAAGCUCAUAUUGGCAGAGGCCGGUGGUUAAUAGACUUGUUUCCAUGCCACACUCAACAGGAUGACGGAGGAUGGACUCCUAUUAUGUGGGCAGCUGAAGACAAACAUCGUGAUGCUACUCAGCUUUUGAUUGAACAGGGCGCUAAUGUCCACAUUAGAGACGAAGUAAGAAAACCUCAAAAACAUUGAAUUCCUUUUAAGAUUUAUAGAUAACUUGUCGCUAGAGUCGCAUAUCGAUACUUCGGAGGCACAGUGAGGUCAUUAAGAAUCUUAACGCUUUUUUUUUCUUUCUCUAUUUUGUUUUGCUAUUUCAUUUAGAAAAAAUCGUCUAGCGCGGGUCGUCAUUUAUGUACAUGUUUAUUUAAUUUGGCAAUGCACUUCAGAAAACAACUACUGCUUAUCGUGUUAAAAGGACGGUUGAUUAUACCUUAAGGGAUGACCAUCUGUUGAAAAGAUUCUUUAACUCUUUACACUUUAAUAUCAGUCUGCAAGUUCUCCCUACUGUUCUAUAUACAUUUCCUGUGGUACUGACAAGGAGAAUUUGUCCAACAAUCAAGAGCUUUUUGAGUUUGUGAUCAUUUCCUUUAUUCUCAUGACCUUAAUGUUUGAUUCAAGGCUGGUACUGUUGAAAGAAAUUUGAUGCUUAUCACUCUCAGGGGUUAAAGGGUUAAAUUUCUUCAGUGAAUUUCUUCUUUUUUUUUCCCGAUUCCACCAAUGUUUACUUUUGGUUCUUUAAUUUGCAAAGUUCUCCCUUGCCAACUUUGAGAUCAACGUCCCCUUUAUAUGACCAAGACAUCGUAUCAUUUCCCUUAGGAGCUUAACACUCCUCUUCAUUGGGCAGCGUUGUCCGGAAAUCUCGAAGUGUGCAGACUUCUUUUAGAGGCUCAUGCCGAUAUAAACAGUUUGAAUAUAUUCAAGGAGACAUCUCUGUAAGUAAUGAGUGUAGUUAUUGUACUUUGGGUAAACAGCUACUUUGUGCACCUUAUUAAUGUUCCAAAGCUGGUGUGAUAAGCUAUGAGUUGUAAGCAACUGCAAGUGUAUAUUGAGAUGAAAAGAACGAUCCACCGCUAACACCAACUUAAAGCCAUUUUGCUCGAAGAGCUUUUUCUUGUCAGUUACCUUAAUUUUUCUUUAAGACCCCAGUCGUAGUGUUUCUCUUUUCCUUGGCUUUUCGAGGUUGCAGCGAAAAACUGCACUUGAAACUUUAGUCAGUUUAGUAUGAUUAACAUUUUUUUGGGUAAAAACAUCACAGUUGAAUUGAUAAUGUCGUGCCUUGGUGGUUUCGUUUCAGACAUAUUGCUGCGAGAGAAGAUUGUUACAACUGUGUGCAGUGAGUAUGAUAUUUUUUGAUAUGACUAUACAAUCCAGAAAACCAGUGCCAUUGUGACACUGAUGAAAUCUUUUGUUUACUGAAGUGAAUCGGCUCUGAGUUAAGAAUAAAAGCGACAGAUCAAGUAUAGUUUAAGCUCUCAUGAUCAGUAUCUUGUUAGUGAGGAGUACCAACCUAUUGAUGUCAAAAUUGUGCUAGGUUGUUAGUCAGUCGGGGAGCAAACAUUUACAUCAAGAACAAAGACGGCCAGACACCUCUCACGGUACGAUAGUGUUGUUGUAUUUUUGUAAAAAUUCGUUCUGUUGUCGUAAGUCCAAGUCAUGAAUGAUCUAAAAUUAUCGCUCCAGUAUUACCUAGAGAUCGAGUCCUUCAUGAGGUGCUAAUGGAAUAUUAUCGGGAAACGCCUAAAUUUUGCAGGUUGCCAAACCUGAUACGAAAAGUAAAAACUUGUUGCAUUCAAAAGUCGAGUUGGAAUCAUGUCAGGAAUUUAUAAGACCGCGGAUCCUUCACAGGUACUACAAAUUUCUUUACUUGCUCGACCUUACCUAUAAUUCCCUAGUAUUGUUACUUAACAUGUUCAUGUAUGUACACCUUAUUUGAUGGUUUAACAUGUUUUGCGUUAAUGAGCAAAAUGUCCGCUCGUAUGGUAUGCGAAAUCAUGAAACUAGAAAUUCAGAUGAUUUUAUUGCGAAAGACUGACGUUGUUAGUUUGUGUCGUUGGUGACUAACGCCAAGGUCAGUCGUGUACUAGUAAGGACGUAAGUAAAGAAGCAAGAGCACCGAAUAUGCAUGAACAUUUUUUAAUUACCGCUUUUUUUUGUUCUGAUUUCAUUAAUAGUGAUAUUUCCCGUGGGCAAGAAAAUGUUUCAAUAUCUUGUAUUAACGAGGUGGGUAUGCCCUUGUAUUUGUAAAUUAUAACUUGGGAUAAGUCUCAGUGUAACUUGUUGUGAUCAGAUCGCACACCUUGCGUCACUUUUUAAAGUCGAGUUUAUUUUUUUCUUGUUCUUCGUGCUCGCUGGUCUUUUUUUGGGAGGGUUCUGUGUGUCGUACGCUUUUCCUCCGUGCAUAAAUUCCAGUCAAAAAAGGAAUCAUAAGAGGAAGACAUGUCAUUUAAAUAUUCAAGGCGGUGAAGCCGCGUUUUUCCAGCACCUGGUUAUUUAUUGUUUGACGUACUCUAAUCGUUAUCUUAGAGUCCAAAAAUAUCGACAAAUAGCUAGGUAAUAGGGUAAAUAAUGUCUUCGUAUCGAGUGGUUGUGACAUGAAGCAUUUUUCAUCGCGCAAUUCGCUUUCGUCUUGGAAGUACUUAAAGUGUCGAAAAGGUCUGCAGGAGAAACCUAAAGGCUGGUGAAUGUGAUUCUUGUCAAGCUUAAUGCAUCAACAUGAAGACUUAUGAAUACUAUGGACUAGGUGACGAAUCUGUGACUCUGACUCGAAUCUGCUUUUACCUUAAAUCAGGUUGACGACGUACCAUUUCCGGACUUCACAUUUGUCAAAGAAUCCUUUGAAAUUUACAACGGGACGAUAAACUGGAGUAUUUCAAAAUUUGAGGUAUGUUAAGGUAGAAGGAAAAAAGGCGUUCGUUGUAUCUUAUAAUUCUGUGAUGUUCUGAAGAAAUAUUCGUAUUCUGUAGGGAUGUGCUUGUGACGGUGACUGUCGCAGUGGAAGAGCGUGUAGGUGCUCUGAGAGGAGCGAACGGCAGAGAAUAUGGUACAACGAGGUAAAUCGAUACAACCUUCCAUGUUGUUAUUUUGUGGGCGCUUUUAGUGUAACUUCCUGGGGAAAGUCGCCCAGGAACUGAAAUCAUGAAUGGAAAGUUUACCUUACGCGCUUAAUGUCGUUUGAAUACCUUAAGAAUAUGCAUGACUUAGUAUAGCAAGUUUGUUAUUAAGGCAAUGGAAAGGAAAAGAUACGGCUGUGUUAAGGAUUUAGCAAAGUCUGAAACUUUCAAAUAUACUUCAGUUGAAUGAUUCUGUGGGAAAAAUGGUCUAGAGAACUUUCUGCUAAACGUGUAGCUGACAACACCAUAUUACAGUGGCCUAGUUUAUACGGAAACCUCCCUUCCUUCGUUCUUAACGUAAUUAGUGAAUGCAAAAACUAUGGAAGUAUAAUAAAUCUGCAAUUCGUUUGCUCUCCAUUUGUUAUAGGAAGGUUUGUUAAAAGGCGACCUGCAGAAGUACGACAGGCCACUCGUGUUUGAGUGUAACAGAAUGUGCAAUUGCUGGUCGUACUGUAGAAACAGAGUGGUGCAGAAAGGAAUGCAGUAUCCAUUACAACUGUACAGAACAUACAGAAAAGGUUACCUGAAUAAAACUACUAAUGAAACCUAAAAAGAGAGUGGGAAACAAAAUACGUCAAGGACUUUAAACGAAUAUUUCAUAAAACGUCUCAAGUGACGACUGCAACUUUAGAAUCAGUUGAAAUUGUACCAAGAGUAAUAUCCGACUAAGUAUCCUACUCAACUAACUGCAGAUAAAAAUUUUUCCCUAUCGAUGUUAGCCGAGGGAUAUGCUCCAGUAACAGAUUUGUGCGAGCUUAUUUAGUCUCGUUUUACUUUUUCCGUUGAAUGCAAAACUUAUUUUGGCUUUUAUUGUAUGUUUAUUGUAGGUUGGGGUGUCAGAAGCCUUGCCGAAAUUCCGCAGGGAAGUUUUGUUUGUGAAUACACUGGUGAAUUAAUUUCUGACACUGAGGCGGAUGCGCGAGAUGAUGACGACUAUCUUUUUGACUUAGAUUGUAAGGUAUGGACAAAGCCUGUUGCAAAAAGUACUUUGUUUCGACUGAAUAUUACUCUUUUGGGUGGCGAGACCCACACGAUCUAGUUUUGUCAGUCACCUAACGAGACCAAAGCAUUGGUUGUCACGUAAAUAUUUGUUAGACUAGGGAUAUGGUUUAGCAGUUCUUUCUAUGGAUAAUCGCCUUAGGUGUGGCGCUUUAAAUGGCCGAGUUACGUCAUAUGUUAAUUUGUUUCUUUUUUCAGGAGAAUGCUCACGAAUUGUUUUGCAUUGAUGCUAAGCAUUAUGGUAAUAUCAGCAGAUUUAUCAAUCACUCGUGCGAGCCAAACGUCUUCCCCAUACGGGUCUUCAUUCAUCAUAGGGUAAGUGCUGCUGACCAUUUAAUGUCCCACGGCUGAAGUAGUGAAUGCAGUUGACAUGGACAGAACCGUGUUCACAGUGAUAUAUGAAGGAAUAAUUAUGUAUUCCUACCCCCUACGUCCUACUUCCUGCAUGUACCUUUACCAUUGAAAGAAAGCGUAGCACAUUUUAAAGGGGCUUUGAGCUAGUGAAAACUCUUGGUUAAUAUAGAAGACCAAACAAGGCCGCUCGGGAACAAAAAUGAUCGACUAUUGCUGAUAUCAAGUUCUUAUUCUAUAAUAUAUUGUUCCUUAAUAAAGAUUUAUUUCAACUUUGAGUAUGUUUGUAGAUUUAAGAAGACUAGGAAACUUGCAUGUUCUAGGUCAGCUUUAAUGAUUCUCUAGUCGGCGAUGAAAAUAAUGAAGUUAACUCUUUGUAAAUACCUUUAAGAUAUUCUCAUUUUAAGGUCGUAAUUUUGAAAAUUAAAUCUACGUUGUUUUUAGGACGUUAGAUUUCCAAGGAUUGCCUUUUUCGCAACAAAAGAAAUUAAUGUCCACGACGAGAUAUGGUGAGUACGUCGUCGCAUGAUAUUUCAAUUACUAUUUUUUUAGAAAGAUCUGUGGUUUUUAAAAAAAUCUCCCCAAAGUUUUGCAUUUUUUCCGCAGUGACGCAUCUUACAGUGACGUUCUAACUGUAGUGCUAUCAAUAUGACCACGUGGUCGGCUGCUUUCACUUCAUUUCAAAGUGAUUGCUGAUGAAAUCGUACAAUUUUGAUUGAAACACAAUUUAGCAAACGUAUAUAGCAGCAAUUUCCCAGGUGUGAGUGGAGGUAAAUGUUUGAUUUACCGUUAGGCGGGUUUAAAUGUGUGAAGCGAUUCUGCAUCUAGAAUUUGCUCGAGGGCUCGUGCGGACUUCGUGGAACGCUUGGGAAAUUUUAAAUGAAUAGUUCCCUGUAGAACAUGUAAUCUGACGAAAUAAGAUGGCGUCUGCGAUAACCUGGAUGCCAAGUAUAUGGUUUUAGUCUCAAACGUUUUGGCAGCCCUUUAUUUAUGGCUUUUUCUUCUGAAUCAGGAAGAUAGCAAUUUGCUGUGAAGCUGAUGGUAAUUUUAAGUUUCCUUAUUUUUUCAGCUUUAACUACGGGGAUAGAUUCUGGUCGGUAAAACGGAAAGAGUUUUUCUGUGAAUGCGACACUCCAAGCUGCAAGUAUCGCGAUCGUAACAGAUAACCUUUCGUAAUGAUGCUUGUUCUCUGAACACAAUUCUACUUUGCCAUCUUUCUUGUGUUGUCUUCAUCAUUAUGAUACAAUCCGUUUCAUUUUCGUUUUAAAAAAUAACGUUUCAGGCUCUGCAUUAUUUUUAUAUGUCAAUACUGUGCUUCCAGAUUGUAAGGUUUACUUUUUAUGCCAUGUUACCAAGCAACCGCUCGGAUAUUUUUUAGAAAACCUUGGAUUUUAAAUGUUUGAAGUGUUUAGUAGUUUUUAAAUCUUGUAAGGGCAACCUCUAUUAGUUCUUUUACCUCUAAGCUCUGAAUAUCGAUUCUCUGCCAUGUCAGCCAUGUAUUUCUUAAUAUUUAGGCUCUAAUAAUUUGUUGUUCAAUCGAACGGCACUCCUAGGUUUUUUCUUUUCGUCACCCUUCCACUUGAAAAUAUAUCGAUAUUUUUAUGGAUCAAUACCUUUUUGUCUAUUUAGUCAGCGGCUCUCUUGUACGUGAAAAACUUCCUCAUUCAUAUGGGUUUUUUGUGACUUAAAGCAAAAUUGAUAGCAUUAAUACAAAAUGUACAUCAGUACAUUUAAAGCACGUAUUAAUUUGGAAUGUUUUUAAGUCACUGUUUUUUAACCAAGCCAUCUUUUUUUUUUUAGUAUUUCUUUAAUCGGAUCAGAUAUAUUAACCAUUAGUCUUAAUGGUAAUUCAUCGUGAACAAAAUGUAACAUUAAGAUUUGACAUGUAAAAAGUUGCCAGCCGUACUGUGAUGUAGCAUUAUAUUCUAAAACUUACCCGUAAGGCGAGUGAAAGGUUUGAUUUUGGGAUUUAAUACAUUAAGUUUCUAUAUAUAUUUAUAACAACGACUAUGCCUGAUAACAUUCAACAUUCCAAGAGAGUUGAUAACUCUUAUCCAUCUACAAUCUAUAUAUUUUAUUGGCUUAUCUGUGUUGCUAGGAUCCCUUAUCAUUUAUUUUGCAUCCAGUCCUUUUGUGUCUCCGUUGUGUUCCUUGAUGCGGGUUCUAGUGGUAUUGGCAUAAGACAACUUAAUAACUUCAUCCUAACUUGUAUUGGAAAGAUUGGAAAGGAUACCGAAACAGUAUGAUAUGCGAGAAACCGCAUGCACAACUAAACUUUAUAAUCAUGUGGAACGUUGUGACAGUUUUUUCGGUCUGGAUUUUUACUUUCUUUUGUGGAAUACGUCCAUCUUUCUUUAGCUCUAUCUUAAGAAUAUUUAAGGUAUAGAGUGUUUUGCCUUUUACGUGGGC